CCCUAGAAGCAUCGUGACGACUCACCAAAAAGAAAACAACAAUAUCAUUCACAUUCACACUACUAUAUAAAGAUCCCAACCUCAGGCUUUGCAAAUCCUCAUUCAUUCUUGUUCAUUGUUCGUUGUUUCUUUAUCGUGUUAUGUAGGUGCUGUUUGGUUGUUCUUCAUAUAACAUGAGCAACAUCCCAAGAUCUCUCACCGAUUCUUCUCUAACUCUCUUUAACCUCGCCAUAUCAGCCUCUGAUCCCUGGCCUUUCUCUUCCGUCUUCUUAUAAUAUUCACAGAUCUACACAGCUAGCUAGCAAGUAUUCUUAUUUUAGCUUAUUGAUUUUAUGGGGUUUGUGAUUGGAGGCGAUAACCAGCAGAAGCAUCAGCAUCAGGACAACAAUAUGAUGAGUUUUCACCUUCACAUACCGCAUCUCCAUUUCAACCACCACGAGAAGAAGGAGGAUCUGAAGGACAUACCGAAGGGGUGCUUGGCGAUCAUGGUGGGCCAAGGAGAAGAGCAACAGAGGUUUGUUAUUCCUGUUAUAUACUUCAACCACCCACUCUUCUUGCAGCUCCUCAAAGAAGCUGAAGACGAGUACGGUUUCGAUCAGAAAGGACCUAUCACCAUACCCUGCCACGUCCAACACUUUCGCACCGUCCAGGAUAUCAUUCAUAGGGACAAAUCUCACCACUUCCAUCACCACCACCACCAUAAUCAUCAUCAUGCCUGGUGCUUCAAAGUUUGAUUCCCUUAUUAUUACUGCUUCUAAUUAUGACAACAACUCAAACAUCAUAUUAUAUUAUAUUUACACAUGUACCAUUUUAUGUUUCUUUUCUUUUUUCUCAGUACCCGGAAAUGGGUGGUUGAUGAUGAUGAUGACUACGAUAAUGAUGAAAAAAAUAUAUAUUGUUGAUUGAUUUGUAUGUUUUGUUUCGGUACAAUUGUCAUAAUUGACAGGGAAAAAAAAAGUUAAAGAAAUGAGAACCGUGCCGUGAUGUUAUCGAA